AUGCAUGCUUAUGUUAAUAUUGACGAAGCUGUGAAACACGUAAAAAGUAUUGCAGACAACAAUCGAUGUGUCACUUGUGAUCAAUUAACAAGUGUUCGCAUAAGAUAUGAUUGCGGACACUCAGUUUGUGGAGAAUGCGUAGAGGACGCUGAUGAAUGUUUGACCUGCAUUGAUUCUAAAACUUCGAAACUAGUUACGGAUGUGCCUCAAGCACAGCGUGUAAAAAAUGCAUCUAAUCUUCUAACCACGUUUCAGGAAGCGUUUAAUGUAGAUGUUUAUAAAAGGUACAGACUCUCAGAGAAAUUAAAACUUGAGAAGGAAGUUUUUCCAGAACCUGUUCAAGCUUCUAUUAAAUAUUUUAAUAAAAGGAGAAGUUCACAACUAUCAAUUAUAGAGGAUAAAGAAAAUCAUAUACCAUUAUUGCUUCCUGUUGAAGCCACUAAUGAUUCAAUGACAAUGAAUACAAGAAUUAAUCUAGUGCAAAAAUGGCUUGAAACAAAUGAAAAUGUUGAAAGCCCUGUAAGAAAACCAUUUGCUGAUAUUAAUGUAAACAGUCCAUUUAAUUCUGUCAGGAAAAGUAGUUCAUCUAUCAAAAAUAAAAGUGUUUUAUUAGAAAAUAACAAAAAUGAUUUUAAGAAGAAGUUAAGAAAAAGGUCUGCUUCAAAAAGAAAUAACUCUUUGAAUGUAAAGCACAGAAAUUCUACAAGGGAGUUGUUGAGUCCAUCAUUUGUAAAAGAACAUUACAAUGAUAAAAAAAUAAGUGAUCAAUACAGAACAGAAGAAAAACCCAAAUCCAUAGAAAUAUUACAAAAUGUAAAAAAUUAUUAUAACAGAGAUGAAGACAUUGUCAUUGAUGGCAAUAAAAGUACAGUUGUUGAUAAGGACAAAAUUGCAUGCUUAGCGGUUUUAGAAGCUGAGAAAAAACACCAAAGUCAUGAUUUGGAUAAUAAGUCAGAUAACAUGAUACUCCAGUGUGAUGCUAGCAAGACAAUAAAUGAAAUAAGAAUUAAUGAACAUGUUAAAUCUAGAAAGAAUGUGUGUUUUUACAAAAAAGGUUUUCUUUAUAAGAGUUGUCUAAUAUGCUUACGAAAUUUCCAAAAAUUAAGUUUAGCUUAUGAGAGGCUAGAGCCACAUGAUGUAUCAAUAACAAUUAACACAAAUAGUAUGUCCACCUCAAUUAAAGUCUCAAAUAAUGAACAUAUUAAAGAAAAGAAAGAAAUGAGUAUGAAUGUGAUAGGUAAAUGUUCUGUUGCAACUCAGACAGAUGAAAAACUUUAUAAUGUCAAUAAUAAUAUCAAUAUUACGAAGGUUUUACCUCAUUCAAAUAUCCCCAUAGAAAAUAAAGAUCUUGAAGUUUCAAGUGAAGACUUGUUUAAGGAUGAUGCAAUUGUCACUGAAAAUAAUAAUAUGAGAGUUGAUAUCGAAAAUGUUAGGAAACAAGUAAAAGAGUCAGACUUACACUGUAUUGUUAUAAAUGAUUCUGAUAGUGAUGUUGAUUGCAGUGGUACCCUUGAAGUGACAGCUGAUGUCCACAGGUCUAGUGACAUAGAUUAUGGGGUUCUUUCGUCUGUAGAACAGAACAAAUACUCACAAAGGUCAAGAGGAGCAGGACGACGCCGUACAAUUGACAGUAAUAAUUCUUCCGAAAAAGAAAAUAUAGAACCAAACAAGCCUAAAAAGUCUAAGCUUGAGAAAAAGGAAAUGAAAAAAUAUUAA